UUGUCAAUGUCAUUCGCAGUCCUUCGCACAGGUCACAGGUCUAAUUCGUUUUAUUCGUUCUUUGGAGAAAAAUAUUUAUUUUUAUUCAAUAUGGUGAUAUUAAUCUUAAGUCGUAUCGUAUAAACGGUGUGUUUGGUGAUUACUGAUUAUGCUUAUUCGUUUCGUUUGGAAGUGUUGAUAAAAACGUUGAUUGGAGCCUACUACUGACUGAUUCCUUGCUUAUCAUUUGAAGCUUUCUUCGCCGUACUUUUAUUCAAUAAUUGUUAACGAUGCCUCUCCCACCGGCCUUAGCUGCGCGACUGGCUAAGCGAGGGAUAUUGAAAGCAACCCCUGAACCAGUACAGAACGCUGAAGUUCCUCAGACUCAAACCAAUGAAGAGAUCAUAGCAGAAGAUUAUGACAGUAAACUUGACGAUCGCACUAAGGAACAUUUUUGGGAAGGUAUUGAAGGCGUCAACGUUGAUCCUAUAAAAGGCCAUAAAGGUUGUCCAAAUAAAAGUAAUAUAUACCACGAGUGUUCCAAGUACUGCGUAAAAAGAUGGAAAGCCGGAAAAACAGUUCCUCGUGAGAAUUACUUGGAGUACAAGAAAAAGGCAUUAGAAAUGUGGCCUUUGCCGCCUGGAUGGGAAGAAGUCUACGAUGAAGGAUUUGGGCAGCAUUAUUUUUGGAAUGUUCACAAUAAUUUAGUUUGCUGGUUACCCCCUGCUCAUCCACGUGCUGUACCUACUGAGAGUGCUGCACACUUGAGAGAAGAGCGAUUGUUGAAAGAAGGUGAUGAAAGUGACGAUAGCAGCGAAGCUUCUGACCAAGAAGUACCACAACAGGUCCACAAAGAGAAGAAACAUGAACGGAGGGAGAAAGACAAAGAUUUGGUGCAUCACAGAAAUAAGAGACAAAGGGUUAGGGAUAAUGAUUUAGAUCCGAUGGACCCUGCUGCUUAUUCUGAUAUAGCUAGGGGCAGCUGGACUUCUGGACUUGACACGCAUGCUAAGACUGGAGUGGAUUCAACUGCGACUGGCUCUUUGUACCAAAUGAGACCUUAUCCUGCACCCGGAGCUAUUCUAGCAGCAAAUGCUAAGCAGUCAUCUCCAUCCCCAUAAAGAGAAUUAAUAAAUGAAUACAACAUCA